AUGCCUUACGAUAUUGCUACACGGGCCUCAGUCCUAAUUUUACGUGCUGUUUCUAAACUGACAUCUGCUGAGAUAUCUGCUAUUCUCGGUAUAUCUCAAUCGCAGGUAAAUCGUAUCUACGCGAGUGCAAUCAAACGCGGAUUUAAUGAAAAUCAACGCCCUCUCCAUAUUGAAGACGCAUACGUUGAAGACGCGCCACGAUCCGGACGACCAAAGAAGCAGACUACUGAGAAUAAUGAUAUCAUUAUCUCUAAGGUUCGCCUUAAUCGAUAUGACUGA